UCCAAUGAUUCACCCCACAUGCAUCCCCAUCAUAUAAAUAUAAUAUUAUAUAAUUAUAUUUAUACGUGUAUUAUCGCCAGUUUCCUCUACACGUAACCCCAAGCACAGAGUUUGGAACUUUUUCCAACUUCAUUUUUAACCAAAACCAUAAAUCAUAACCACAUCAAUCAAACCGCCUCAUUUGCUCGUGCCUUAUCCAGUUUCUUCAUAGUUGAAACAAAAUUUUGCUUAUUUCCAAGUCUUAAGUCAAAAAAAUGUUUGUGUUUUGAUCCGGUAAAGUUGGAUCUAGAUGGAUGUUAUAUAUUGUGAGGAGUAUAUAACGAAUUCUAGAGGGGUGGAGCUAUUUACUUGCAAAUGGUUGCCUAUUUCUUCUCCAAAAGCUCUGGUUUUUCUCUGCCAUGGUUAUGGCAUGGAAUGCGGUAACUUCAUGAAAGGUGUUGGGGUUGAACUGUCGAAUCAUGGCUAUGCUGUUUUUGGAAUUGAUUACGAAGGCCACGGGCAGUCCUCAGGUGCUCGAUGUUACAUCAAGAGCUUCGACAAUAUUGUUAACGACUGCAGUGAAUAUUUCAAGUCAGUCUGUGCACGGGAAGAGUAUAAGAGAAAGAGAAGAUUCUUGUACGGAGAAUCAAUGGGAGGGGCAGUUGCUCUGCUAAUACACAAGAAAGAUGCUAGUUUUUGGGAUGGUGCCAUUCUAGUCGCUCCUAUGUGCAAGAUAUCGGAGAAGGUGAAGCCACACCCUAUAAUCAUCAGCCUUUUAACGAGGGUGGAAGACGUCAUUCCUAAAUGGAAGAUUGUUCCAACAAAGGACGUCAUUGAUUCAGCCUUCAAGGAUCCUGUAAAACGAGAACAGAUACGUGGCAACAAGUUGAUAUAUCAAGAGAAACCAAGGUUAAAGACGGCUCUUGAACUUCUCAGAACUAGCAUGAACCUCGAGGACAGCUUGAAUGAGGUGACACUGCCGUUCUUCGUGUUGCAUGGUGAAGCCGACACGGUGACGGACCCGGAAGUUAGCAGGGCCUUGUACGAGCAAGCCAGCAGCGCAGACAAGACGAUGAAGAUGUAUGCCGGGAUGUGGCAUGGGCUAACGGCGGGAGAGCCAGACGACAACAUCAAGAUCGUGUUCUCAGACAUCUUGGCAUGGCUGGACAAGCGAUCGGGAGAUGACAGCGCUCGCUUCUCCAAAUUCAGUCAACCUUCGACGUCGCCUGCCACAGAGAGCGAACAGAAUGAGUGCAACGCCAAGAAUUCACGUGGAUGGAAAGGUCGUUGCUUAUUUCAUUCAGCAAUGUAACAUGAAAAAAUUGGCUUUGGACUU